AUGAAGAUGAAGAAACGAAAGCAACAUAGCGCCGACAAAGAAGAAGGCUGUAACAGACCUUCAAAAUCCCAUCGCACCGAACAGGAAGAACCUAUAGUUGUUCCGGAAAGUGAAGAAGCAAUUAAGAUACAGGAUGAUUCCCCAUGGAGAAAUCUACAGUUGAUAUUGUCCCUUCAGAACAACUCUAUCCCUCUCCAAGAAAAAUUGGAGCUGGCAUAUAAUUAUGUGAAAUCAAGAACAGAAGGGGCUGGUGAAAGCAGGGAGAAAAUUCAGACAGUAAGCUUUUCAAGAGUGGUAGUUUUCUUGAAUAAUUGGGUUCAGAGGAUACUAGUUUCUUCUGAAAAGAAAAUUAGGGUGGAAGGAGACAAGCAUGCGAUGGAAAUUGCAGGGUCAUAUUCAGAUUGCAGAUGUUGGGUGAUUUUCAGGUUCUGCUUGGAGGAAUCAAAAAAGAUGGGUGUUUCAUUACACUUCUUAAGGGACUUGUUACGGGUCAUCCAAUACAUUUCAAGGGAUGCAUUGAUACGUCUGGGUGAUCAGCCUUUGGUUAGUGAAGAUUUGGAGUUGCAUAGCAUUGUGCUUGAUUGCAUAUCCCUGGUCUUCUCAUCUCAUGGGGGUAUUUCUAAUGAAAAUCUAGACUUAUGGAUAUCAUUGAUUAGUGUGGUGCUUGAAUUUGUCCAAAAGGUUCUCAAUGAUAAGCUUGAUGGAACGAAGGCGGGUAUUUUUGCCAAGCAGUUGUCUUGCUGCUUGCUUGAGCCAUUUGUUAAGUUUCUAAAGGUCCAUCCAACUCGUAAAAAUGGUUUCCGCGAGUUUAUAGAUAAGCUUUUUGAAGAUUUGGUGAUUGUGUGGGAUGCGUUAGAUGUUCAUGGCUGUGAAAGCAAUCCAGAAUGGAAAAGAAAUCUAUCGGUGUUGAUAGAAGAAGUUUUGUCACAGGCAUUAUUCCAUCCAACUCAUAUUGAUGGAUUUUUAAGCCUCCAAAGUACAUCCAAGUAUAGGCAUUUUGAUGAUAAAAAAUCAAAAGAGGAGAAAACUUUCAUAAAAAGUUACCAUAGACACUUAUUUGAUAAGUUGGGGAAGAUAAUAACUGGGAAGAAUGCGUCAGCACUCAGUGGUGCUGGAGAGCUGCUUCGCCUGUUCAUUAAUUGUAUUUAUAUGAAGAAUGGGGUUUUAGUCGGUGCAGAAGCAUUUAGACACCAGGAAGGCAAUUCUACUGCCUUUUCCAGGAGCUCUUCCAACAGCUCUGCGAUUUCAACAAGUCCUCCCUGUUAUGCCCUGGAUGCAGAAGCACGGAAAUCAGUUUUUGAUUUUUUUGUAGAGAUUAUGGAACUUUUCUUAUCAGAGAUUUAUACUCACUCACAGCCCGGUGUGGAUGCUGAACCUCUGUAUUUGGGUGUUAGCACAUUAAGAUCAAUGAAUAAGUUGCUUGCAACAUGUGUACAGGAAAAGGUAUAUAUACGAACUGAAGAUACCUCCGAAGGGGCUUGCUUUAAUUUUUUGAAGUUAAUUUAUGAUGCGAUCAUGUCUCUUACUGCCCAAAUGAAUCGGUUACUACAAUCAUUUGACUCUCCAGAAGAACGAAUACCCGGGCAAUUGUUGAUUCUAGCUGCCAAGGAAAUUUUUCUUGCUAUUCAUUAUUUAGUGGAUAUUGAAUAUGAUGUUGUUGGGGAUGAUCUAGAAAAACUAUGGGGCACGAUACUUACUCUUACAACCAGUAGUCACUCUCUGAUGAACGCUUCAGAUCAACAUUUGUUGACUUCAGAGGUACUUAAGCUUGGAUGCAGACUGGUUCACCUCUACAGUGAACUUCGACAGGUUAACAUUGCCAUAUUCGCACUAAGCAAAGCUGUUAGAGAUGUAUUAUCAUCAUUCAGAAGCAACGAAGUGUUCAGCUCUUCAUUGCUCUGUCACUCAUUUGCUAAUUCUAUGAGCAUGUUAUUGUGCUCUCCAGAAUUCAGACGUUCCAUCAGAAAUGCUGUCAAGUCCAUUCCUGAGGGCCAAGCAAGUGGAUGCAUCCGACAGUUGAUUGUUGAUGUUGCAGAAUCUCUGGAAUGGAUAAAAUCUGAAUAUCAGUUGCCUGCUGAAAGUGAUUUUGCAGAACCAUGUUUUAGUAGUUGUGGCACGCAUUGCUUUGUUCUAAAAGCUGAGAUUUUGGGGAAAAGCUUGACUGAAAUGUAUACCCUUAUUCUCGACUCAAUGACUGUUACUACCGGUAAUAGCAACCUCGUUGCUCUUUCCGUGAAAGAUUUGAUGGCUGUUAUUCGCCCUGGUUUGAGUAGCCUGGUCUCUCGAGGUCCAGAUGUUCUUAACGUUUUCUUUACUCUGGUAACGGGCAGAGGAUUCAGUAAGGCAGCUGCACUUGGGAAUGACAUUCUCUCAGCAUGCUGGAUUGUGGUCUUUUUCUUUCGUUUAUAUAUGUCUUGCAGAAGCUUGCAAAGACAAGCCAUCAGCCUGAUGCCCCCAGAUGCAUCAAGGAAGAUGUCAAGAGCACUUACUGAUUCUUUUUCUGCUUAUUCUGCAAAGGACUGGUUGGAGAGCACUGGUUGGGAAGACGAAAGUUAUUUUUCUUGGGUUGUCCAACCUUCAGCUCCUCUUCCUGCUGUUUUACAUAUUAUUGCUGAGUUUUGUCAUCAGCACACUGUUAUAGUUUGCUGUCCCCUUAUUUAUGUAUUGAGUGGCAUGGCUCUUCAAAGACUAGUUGAUUUAAAUAGGCAAAUGAAGUCCAUUGAUUACUUGCUUCAGAGGAAUAAUAAUCUAGUCCAGGCUAUGUUAGAUAAUGAUGCUGGUCUAUCAUCAUACUCCAAGGAUACUAAAAAGUGGAACAAACAUGUCUCAACUCUGAGGAAAGAGGCAGCAGACCUCACCGAAUUCAUGAUGAGAUAUCUCUCAUUAGUGACUGAAGAUAGGAUAUAUAAUUCCUCAGUUGAUCAAGUAAGCAGUAAGAAUACAUAUCUCAAUCAUCUGUAUGAAACUGAGGUAUGGGAUCUUGGUACUGGAUCUAUAGAUGAGAAGCUGUUUCCAUCUGCUUUGUGGUGGAUUAUUUGCCAAAAUGUUGAUAUCUGGUGUCCUCAUGCUUCUAAAAAAGACUUGAAAAAGUUUCUUUUAGCUUUAAUUCAGAACUCCCAUCCUUGUUUAAGCACGAAUAUGAGUGCGCUCAGGAAUUAUAUAGAGAAAUCUGGCUACGUGACAGGAGUCAACCGACAUUUGGUCUCAGUGGAACUUCUGAGCAACACCAUUCUAUAUGAACAAAAACCCAUUUGCAGGCACAUGGCAUCCAUAUUUUGCCAAAUUUUGAAGAAGUCUGUGUUGUCAAUAUUUUCAUAUGUUGGAGAAGUUGAUCUAAAUGGUACACCUGAUUGGGAGAAUGCUAUACACAUGCUUGAAAAGUCAUCGACUACAUUUUUCAGAAGUAAUCAUCCACAGGAUAAUGACUCAUUAUUGAUAGAGCCAAUCCAUCAUUUACUAAAUGACAUACCUGCUGAACUUUGUGAAAAGGAACUAAGUCCUAUAAACGCAGAAAUCACCAGAUGCCGGGAAUUUCUCAACCUUUUGAGCUGGAUACCGAAAGGACAUCUUAGAUCAAAAUCAUUCUCACGUUAUGCUACUAGCAUUCUCAAUAUCGACAGGCUCGUGGUCGGCUGCCUGUUUGAUCAGCAUGGGUCAGUAGCUUUAUGCAGCCGUUAUGAGCUCUUGAGGUUGCUUGUGACCUGCCGGAGAACCUUUAAAAAUCUGCUAAUGGCAUCAUGUGAAGGGAAGAAAGGUCAUCAAUCCUUGCUAGCUUGCUUGUUGUCAGAGAGAUCUCCUGUUUUUUGGCUUCUGAAGUCAUUGUCUGCAGUAACUGGUUUUCUGAGUGUGAUUUCUCAAGAGACUUCUCCUCAAUUGAAACAUAUGAUUUUCUCGUUGAUGGAUCACACAUCUUUCAUCCUUUUGACUCUGUUCAAAGAUCAAUUUGAAGCCAUUUUUGCUUUGACUGCUGGGAAGUCUUAUGGAGGAGCUAUCAGUUCUGCUGAUGGCCACAAAGAGAUUGUUCUGAGAGAAAAUGGUCCGCGUUCAGAUUUCUCUGAUAACAACGAUGCAUGGAGAAGUGUUUCAUCUGUAGCUGGCACCUUAACGAGACAUGCACAGGAAUUGCUGGACUCCCUAAAUCUAGCGGUUGUUAAUGGAAAAGUGGAUGAUCUAGCUGGGCUUCAGGAAAUGGAUAAAGUCUCACCUUUGGUCUCUUGCUUUCAGGGAUUCUUAUGUGGUCUAGUUUCUGCAAUGGACAGUUUGGAUAUUAAAAGAAGCAGUACUCUUAUAGAAUCAACAAGCCACAACCUCAAAAUGAAACCAUGUAUAGAGACAUGUGCAGACUUGUUAAACUCCAUUUUGCAUUUGUUAUUUCUUGAGGGCGAUCAAUGCCCUCAAGGUUUGUCUAGUACCCACACUGCUAUUGAGACAGAAUGUUGCAACGAACUAUUGGCAGCGGGAACUUACCAAUCUAGGGACUCUGCUGAUGAGCCUAAUAAUGUGAAAAAGGAAGAACACUAUUCUGGUUCGGCUGACUCUGUACAGUCUAAUGACUGUAAGAAUGACUUGCAAAAGUUUGGAGGUAUUGAGUCUCUUUUGGCCAAUGUGGACUUUGAGCAACAAUAUUUGAGAAAAUCUUUAUUGCAAGGACUUUCCAAAGGAGAAAAUCUUGAAGCAGCAUUUUGUCUGAAGCAUAUUUUCGGUGCUUCUUCAGCUAUUCUAAAAUUUUCGUUGCAUACCAAGUCUACUUCCUUGCCGAAGAAUCUUCUUCCCAUACUAAUCCGUGUCUCUCAUGUCUUGCUUUCUGAUUUUGCCAAUCACAGUGGGUCACUUGAACAGUUCUCUUUUAUUUGGUUAGAUGGUGUUGCGAAGUUCAUUGGAGAGCUGGGAAAAAUAUUUCCGCUGCUUAAUCCUUUGUCUUCUAGAGAUUUAUUUGUCAAACAAAUAGAAUUGCAUUUGAGGGCCAUGGGAAAGUGCAUAUCUUUACAGGGGAAGGAAGCUGCUCUUGCAUCACGAGAGAUAGAAUCAAGUACCAAGAUGCUAAGUGAUCUGCCAGAACAUGACCUAUCCAACUCUCAUUGGCUAAACCACUUGGAUGAGUUAAAAUCCAGAUUGAGGAUGUCAUUCGCGAAUUUUGUCAGCAGAGCUUCUGAAUUGCAUUUAUUGUCUGCUAUUCAGGCUAUUGAGAGAGCAUUAGUUGGUGUGCAGGAACACUGCAUUAUUAACUAUGAAGUAACUACUGGAAGUUCACAUGGAGCAAAGGUCUCUGCUUAUGUUGCUGCAGGCAUUGAUUGCUUGGACGUGAUUCUUGAAUCUGUGUCAGGGCGUAAGAAGUUGGCUGUGGUCAAAAGGCAUAUCCAGAAUUUAGUAUCGUCUCUACUCAAUGUAGCCCUGCACUUGCAAGGCCCGAAGAUAUUUUUCAGAAAUCAUAAGUUCAGGAAAGAUUUUACUGAACCUGACCCUGGCUCUGUCUGUCUUAUGUGCAUUUCAGUGCUGACAAAAAUUUCUGCCAAACACGCUUUCUUCCAAUUGGAAGCAUGCCAUAUUGGGCAGUUAUUGCAUCUGCCUGCUACAAUAUUUCAGAGUGCUUUUCAGCUUUGGACAUCCAAAGUUCCACUUUGUUCUAAUUAUACAGGAGACUUGACUUCCGGAGAAACUGAGGUUCCUGGAAGCGAAAGAAGUGUCGUGGAUAGAGAAUUUUGCAUAAAGCUAUAUGCUGCUUGCUGCCGAAUGCUGUGCACUGUUCUAAAGCAUCACAGAAGUGAGACACGGCGCUGCAUCGCGCUUCUGGAAGAUUCAGUUGGCAGACUUCUUAAUUGUUUGGAGAUGGUAUGCACUUGUCCAGUUGGAGGAGAUAAUUUUGGAUGGGAAGUUCAAGGAGGAGUAAAAUGCGCCAGUUUUCUUCGUAGGGUGUAUGAAGAGAUUAGGCAGCACAAAGAUGUCUAUGGUGACAAUUGUUUUCAAUUCCUAUCUUGCUACAUAUGGGUGUACUGUGGAUAUGGUCGGCUUAGAAAUGGAAUCAUCCGGGAAAUCGAUGAAGCUUUAAGACCUGGUGUCUAUGCUUUAAUAGAUGCUUGUUCAGAAGACGAUCUUCAACGUCUUCACACAGUAUUUGGAGAGGGACCCUGCAGAAAUACCCUUGCUACUUUGCAACAUGAUUACAAGAUCCAUUUCCAGUAUGGAGGAAAAGUGUGAUUGAUCAUCAUAACUACUUUUGUUGGCAAAGUCUGUAUGUGGAGGAUCCUGUAUCACUACUGCUUUUGCGGGCAAGUCUUCAUUGUGAAGGAAAAUGACAAGACCUGCAGAGUAAUAUUGUCAAUGAAGCAACCUCGACAUUGCUACAUUGCCCACAGGGUUAAAGGCUUGCAACGGGGGUUCACCUGCAGCCUGUUUUAACAGCUAUUAGAAAUGCCCCUCUUGAUCCGUUCUUCAAGACCUACGGUUGAAGGCUAAUCAAAGAACGCAAAAUUUGACAUUGGUUCCUUGGGGACAUGCUUGUGCUCUGCUGCUAAAAUGUUGUAGCAAACUAAAUACACACACACGCUCUUCAUCGAAAGCUGAGACUCAAUUCUGUACAAAGAAGUUUUGCUGAGCUCGAGCCUUGGGAGUUCUUGUGUACCGGUAUGAGUAGAAGUAUUGCAUCUCUUUUUAAUUAUGUGAAUUUGAUAUCCCUUGCCAAUGGUUUGAAACUCUAGGGAAAAUAGACCUUUUUGUAAGCACAUGACAUUUAAUUGAAAUUUUUUCAAGUUCAAUUAUAUGUAUAAUGUAUGGAUCCAAUUUUAUUUG